GUCUCCACGAGUCAGUAUUGUGUGAGCCGCGAAGGUAUGAGGUGAAGUCGAUAUAACCGGUAGUGAUGCCUUGACUAGGUAGGUCUCCGAGUUUUUUUGCCAUUAUAAUCCUAAAGCACUUACUCACAUUCUAAAUAAGGGGAAAUGUAUGCAGCGUGUAAAUAAUUCAUUGAUUACCUAAAAUUAUCAUUCAUUGCAGGCAACAGAUAUGUAAAUAUAUAAUUACUAGAGAGUACGGCGACCAGAAAGAAUGUUGAAGCAGGGUUUCGUCUCACCUUGUCCACCACAAUCGGAUGAAAUUACCUCUCACAAAACCAUACUUGAUCGAAUCUUGACGGCGCCGAUUAUCGAGUCCCUCGCGCACCGGUGGGAGGGCUCGAGCCUAAUCAGUUGGAAGACUGACCCUUUGUUUGGUGUUCGCCACCGAUACCUAUUCUUCCUUUUCUGCGUGCUGCUGUUCUCGUCGGUAGGGCUGCAAAUCAUCCUGCUCCCCUGCACCUACUACAGUUCCUAUAACCCUGAGCCGCCCGAGAACAUCGCCCCCAUUCUUGUAAGAGCACUGCAGCAAAAUGACUCCGAAUUUGGCAUGGAACCGUUACACAAACGACCUGGGGAGCUUCCUCGACUUCUCCUUCUGCUCCAGCCAUUACCAAGUUUCUUCGCCCACCUCAAGUCGCUCGCUAAAAGUACCAAGUCCACGCCACUUGUGUCCGACACUUGCACGUUUCUUAAUUUCAUUGAGGUUGUGGUCAGUGCCAGGGAGCAGGUAUGUCUCGUGCAGCACUUCAACGCUAGAUUGGGGUUGACAGACACACUGAUAUCGAUGUAACUAACACAUUGAUAUUGCUGUGAUAUUGUAGAGGAGGGAAAAGUGAAUUUUAUAGAUGCUUUUUAUAUUGAUUCGUUUAAACCAAAAUAAUCUGAUAUCUGGGUGAUAUUGCUGGAUCGACCCAGAAGUGCGGAAUAGAAAACCUUUGUAGGACCAUUCGGUCAACGCCACCAGUCCCACCACCGCGAACUGGUGUGUACUUAAUCGAAGCUUGACAAUUUAAAGUAGGACCUAUACCGUUCUUGAUUAUAUGACCUUGAAUUUAUUCCUGUGAUGCAUAACUUGUAUAGAUUUAGGAGUGAAUAAAUUUUGUCGUUUUUAAUUAUGUGUUUUAGGCACGAGCCAGUUGUGUCAUAUAUCGGGAAAAAAUUUUAUCUCUUAUGCAGAGAGACAUCCGAAGUCUGAAGCUGAGAUUUCAACUUACUUACUCUUAAGAUUUCUCGUUGUUGAAUGAAGGCUUACUCUC